CGAGGCAGCAUUGAACGCAGCAUAUGACCGUUCUGCUCGCGGACCGAGCGGUUCAGAGAAACAACAACCGGAGGCGCUCAGAAGAAACCGCUUCUUUAAGAGGAUGAUCCAGUGAGAUUGAUGGAUUCCAGCAAUGAGUCAGAGUAAUCCCUGUCUGUGGCUGCAGCUCCCUCAGAGCAGCCAGUCUCCAUGUGACCGCUACAAACACGCCUGCUGCAGCUACAAUGGAUCUGUCUACAUCCUGGGAGGCAGAGAAACCAGCAGCCUGAGGGACUUCUGGAAGUACAGCGUAGUGCACAACGAAUGGACAGAGUUGAGCUGCACUGGUGAAGCUGCACCGGAGGAACUGGAGGAACACUCAAUGGUGGCGCAUGAGGGCUUCCUCUAUGUGUUUGGAGGGAUGUUGGAUUCGCCGUACACCAGAUGUAGAUGUGCCCUCUGGGUAUUUGACGUUGUAAAGCAGAAGUGGGUGUGUUUCCAAGGAAAGGCGAGCUCCCCUCAGAACCCAACCAACAGAAAAGGACACAGUGCUGUGGUGGUGGGCUCUGCCAUGCUCAUGUACGGCGGGAUUGUAGAUAUUAAAGGAUCCUCGCAAGACUUUUGGAGUCUGAAUUUUGAUACGAAGGCUUGGUCUCUUCUCAGUGGCUCGUUGGGCCCCGGGCCCCGGCACAGCCACUCAGCCGUGGCCUACCAGAGCUGCAUGUAUAUCUUCGGGGGUUUGAAAGGUUUGCAGGAGCAGAGAGACUUCUGGAAGUGGAGCUCCAUCAACCACACAUGGACUAAACUUAAAAACAAGUCCGGACCCCCCCGACUGGUGGGCCACUCCGCUGUGACCUACAAAGAAAGCAUGCUUCUCUUCGGAGGUGGUGAAAGCCAGAACUCUCUCAGCAGCUGCUUGUGGAGGUACAGCUUCUCCACGCAGACCUGGGCCCAAAUGGCCACGCUGUCGGACUCCAAUCCCCCAGACAAGAUCCACCACUGCUGCGCCGGGUUGGGUGUCAGUUACCAGUCCAGCACCAGCAGUCACCCCCCCAGCUCUGCGCUCCAACCCAAGCUGCUGGAGGCCAAACUCAGGCCCUUUAAGAACCGGUGCUUCCCUGCACCGCUCACCUAUCUGGGGUCAGAGGUCACCAUCGAACUGGAGACGUUAAGUCCUGGGAAGUGUUUUGAAAAUGGAAGCCGUUCUUUUGGGGUGAAGAGCAGCACCGAGCCCCAGCUGAUCAGAAGCUGCUUGACCUUUGAGAACCGGGCUUUCAGGAAGCAGUGGAGCUGCACAGAGGAGGAGCUGCUGGAGGAGGAGGAAGAGGAGGACAUCACCCAGCAUCUCCCUGAUCUGCUGCUGGUGCUGGGAGGACGGCCGUACGCCCAACACAGUCCCAUCUCCGUGUGGCAGAUGACUCUGACGGACUCCUGACGUUCCCUCUCCAUGACAGCAAGUUAAAGACUGACGCCCUGUUAAUAAGUCCACAUGUUAAAAUUACUUUUAUAAGUAAGCAAGUUUUGUUGUUGUAAAUUUAUUAAGCACUCGUGUUUUUCACAGUAAACAGAUCAUAUUUGA